UGCUGUGAGCUUGUUCGGAACGCACGCGUCUUUCUAACAAGCUGAUUCCGCGGAACGAAGUUCGAAAUUCAAAUCCCGAAUUUAGUUUUUAUGACGUUUCGUUGUUACAUUACUCUGUGUCGCUUUUUAAUUUAAAGUGAAUUAGUAGGAUUUAUUUGUGCCAGUGUUUUUUUGUUUUGUGUUAAAAAGUGGACUAUUAGAAAAAUGUAGACUUUAUAUUUACAGGUGACAAACAGCACAGUGGGCCGACAACCGACGACGCCAGUCAAAAAAGUGACAGUGAAAAUGUGUUUUAAAAGAUAAAAAUCUAAAGCGAUUAGGAUGUGAAAACAAUGUUGGGAUGCGUGCGUCGCGCGGGCACUGUGGUACGCGCGGCAAAUACCGGGACAAAACACAAAAACGGGAAUUUUUUGCUCGUCCUCUUAAUUGUACUACUGUGCGUCAGGAGCAGUACGUCAGCGGGCGUGUCGCUGGGCGCGCACCUGGUGUGCGCACGCGCCGCCGGGCUCACGGACAAGCAGCGCGCGAUGUGCCGGCAAUCCCCCGCCGCCAUCGCUGCCGUCGGGGACGGACUAAGGAUGGCGUAUGCGGAGUGCCGCGCGCAGCUGAGCGGCUACCGGUGGAACUGCUCAGGAGUGGGAGACGGCAACCAUUUUGGACACGUCAUGCCGCUAGCGACACGGGAAGCCGCGUACACAUACGCGAUCACAUCAGCUGGGGUCACGCAUGCGCUCAGCACGGCCUGCGCCAAGGGGGACCUACCAGCAUGCGGGUGUUCCACUAACAGUAGAAGACGCACCGUGAACCCGACGGAGCAGUUCCAGUGGGGCGGCUGCGGGGAGGCGGCGUACGGCGCACGGUUCGCGAGGAGGUUCCUCGAUGCGCGGGAGUUGGAGGCCGAUGCGCGCGCGCUUAUGAACCUGCACAACAACCGACUUGGCCGGAAGGUGAGCGAGCUGGUGAAGGACCUGGUGCGUCGCGAGUGCAAGUGCCACGGCGUGUCGGGCUCGUGCGCGCUCCGCACGUGCUGGCGCGCGUUGCCGCAGUUCCCGGCCGUGGCGCGCGCGCUCACCGACAAGUACCGCCGCGCGCGACACGUCACCUCACACCCGCCCGCGCCCGCCACGCAUGGGGGACACCUUGUUGUACGCAGAGCGCGUCAGAACGCCGGCGUGGGUCGUCAGCCGCGGAAAUCAGAGCUGGUGUACCUGGAGGCGUCUCCAUCCUACUGCGAACCUGACCUGGUCUCCGGCUCACUCGGCACGCACGGAAGACACUGUAAUAGAACAUCUAGAGGCGAGGACGGGUGCGAGACCCUCUGCUGUGGACGAGGUUACAACACGGUCCGGACUGUUGAGGAGACGAAAUGUCGGUGCAAGUUCCACUGGUGCUGCCGAGUGACUUGUGAAAUCUGCGUCGCCGUCAAUGAGGUGCAUGUGUGCAAGUGAAGGGACAGCUUCGGAAUAUACAGGUGUAAGUGACAUCGUAAUUAAAACUUUGAGGGAUGAUUCAGAGCAUGAUUCUGAGUUGAUAUCAAGUGGAAUUUCCUGUCGGAAAAUUCAUGACUUUUUUUUAUUAUUUUCAGUUCCAUACUUUUGAGAGAGCCAGAAUCAAGGCCUGAAUCACCCUUAAAGUUUUCGUUACGAUGUCACUAACACCCUGUAUACAGAAAACAUGACGUAAUAGUACCUACUCAUUGCUAUGUUAAUAUUAAGUAUGUGAAAAGUUCCGUGUUAGCAGCAAUCCGGAGAGUCUUCAGCGCUCUCUAUUUGUCCGGCCAAGUACAAUAAGUCACGUCAAAAAAUAAUAAGAAAGACCAUCACGUUGGCCGAACAGAAAACUCGGUGAGGUUGUUUCUUCUUAGUUCAUCUUGCGAUGGAUGUACCUCUGACUACCCUAUUGGGAUAUAGUCGUGAGUUUUUGAAAUCCAAUCAAAUACCGUCGCCUUAUAGUGAAAAUGACGUAAGCGUUUUAAAAAAAAAUAUUUUUUUGUCAAUUUUUAUUUUUUUCUUUUCUUAUCCACGAGCGCAUGCGCCACUUGUAUGCUGUACGGCAGAAACGUACUUAAAUAAUGUUAUCAUUAAAAAAUAAACACUUAGUAUUUAUUUAGAAGUAGUCUAUAAGAUUUUCAUACUGUUUUCAUUUCAAUAACUAUAAUAACCUGUAAAAAUUAUCUUUAUAAACCUUACUUUUUUAUUUCAUAAUUCAACUUAAGCAUUGUAUAAUAAAGUAAGUAUAAUAUUGGCCCCGAUUCCUGCAGACACCGCCUAAUUUUAUUUUAAGUUAUAUCCGUCAUUUUCAUAUCCGUCGAAAAGGAAAGGGACGGAUGAUUCACAGCUCUUAAUUUUUGGAAGAAUGAGUAAAUGAAUGAAUAACCCGGGCGAAUCAAAAGGUACGUCGCUGGUAUGCAAUCCGUUUGAUGUGCUGUCUACUUAACUGUGUCGGGUUAUUGACGGAUGUAAAAUUUUUAGACGGUUGGUUUAGAUUUGUGCUUAAAAUUGACGUGUGUUCCAUAAAUUUUAUGCUUGUCGAUUACCCGUCCCUUUCCUUUUCGGCGGAUAAGAAAAUGACAGAUAUAACUUAAAAUAAAAUUAGAUGGUAUUUACAGGAAUUAGCACUAUUAACCACCGAUUAAUAGUAAAUAAAAUACCAUUACUAAUGACUUUAUCUGCGCAAACAUAUCUUCCUAAUGAGGAGCAAAACAAUAUAGAUGGCGUUGUACAGAUUUAACGAGAUAAUUACCUAUUUACUCAUUGCUCGAGUACUUAAUUAUUCAAUCAUAUAAUGUUAUGACAGAGGCAUUAUAUAAAAAUAAUUGUUGCUUGAUAUUUAGAUCAGGGGGGUUAAAAUGGCCACAUCGAAGCAAUUCAUCUAAGAAAGCUAUAUUGCUAUUUGACAUUUGUUUGCAUUGCGCACUUACUUUUAUAUGCGCAAAUUGCAAUAAUGCUUUCUUAGAUGAAUUGCUUCGAUGUGGCGUUUUUAACCAUCCAGAUAUUUAUAGAAUUUGCAUUUCAAUUUGCAUGUUAUAAUUUAAAUAACUAAAUAUGUAGACCAAAUCUUAAAUGCUGACCAACUGCAAACUGUAAAACCAUUUUUAUUGCGAAUAAAAAUGAUUAUGAUUAUGAUGAUUAUGAAUUAUGUUGCUACUUAUAUUGCUUCUCUUUAUUUUGAUCAGAAUAAUAAUGAAUGGAAGACGUGUUGUGCCUGGGUGUAAUAACAAGGGUCAUCAUUUAUACCCAAAAACAAAGAUAAAAGUCGCAUAAUGUAUGUGUUGUCUAUGAAAUUAGAAGAAACGAGGGCAACGAUAGACAGCGCCAUCUCUAUAUUUUUUGGAGAACUUAGCCUGGAAAUUCCCUCGUUAUUAAGUAAGCAAGUAGGUUUUCAUUCCACAUUCCAGCUUUGUACCUACUUAAAUUUUACAUACUCACCUAUUUUUAAUAAUAUUUAUAAAUAGAAUUAAGCGUUGUAAGUUGAUAAUGAUAUAUUAUUCAAUACUAAAAAACAAAUAGUUUGCCUUCCGAGCUACACAAAAAAUAAUACAAAUUAUAUUCCAACUUGAGGGGUUAAAAAGGCCACAUCGAAGCAAUAGGCUAGUUUCCAACUAGUCAAAUUAGUGACUAUUUUUCUGAACGUCAAAACACGAAAUUACUAUGGAAUUUGUAUGUAAAAGCACAGAAAAACGUGAUAAAAUGUCGGACUUAUUAUUACGUUUUUUAUAAAAAAAUAUUAUAAUAAAAAAUAAAAUAAAUAAAAUAUAAAUAAGUAAAAUAAUAAAAGAAAAUGUUUUUUAACAAUUUUAGAUCUAUCUUUAUUUAGUACUUAUAAUCAGAAUUUCAUAAUUUAUCUUGAACCUACCCAGUAUACGACCCAAUUGCUUCGAUGCCGUUUUAACCCCCUGGUUUAAUAGGCUCACAUUUUUGACGGCCUUCUUCAUGACAGACCUGGGCGGUUAAAAUGGCCACAUCGAAGCAAUUAAUCUAAGAAAGCAAUAUUGCUUUUUGACAUUUGUUUGCAUUGCGCACUUAUUUUUAUAUGCGCAAAUGUCAAAUUGCAAUAUUGCUUUCUUAGAUUAAUUGCUUGGAUGUGGCCAUUUUAACCCCCCUGUUCGGAAUAACAAAAUAAUCAUUCUCCUUCUAUUGUGUAGAUUAUGAGGUGGAUAACCAACCUCAUCAACCCUGCUGUCAGGGUUAUUAUUGAGCCGCCAAAGGCCCCUGACAUGGCUCAUGUAAGGACUACUUACCUACCUACUUAUAAACAUUGCGUAAACAUUAUUAAGGGUUGUGUUGUAUGAAAAUAAAUGUACUUAAUACUUUUAACUAACAUGACCAGUCUGAAUUGUGAUGUUUUUCGAGAUUUUUCUGUACUUAAUCGCACUAUACACUAUUGUAAAUAGUUACGUUCACGUAAGUUAACGUAUUUUAUACCUUAUGCAUUUAAUAAUAAGACUCAACGGCUUUAAAUUGUUACACUUAAUGAUACAACUUAAGUUUCUUUACAUUCCGCGUAGAUUAAGUUUUAACUUAUUCACUGUAACACCUUUAUGACCUUUUUGAAAUAAAAUUUUUGUCACUGAA